UUUGCAACACGUCUGUCGAUCCACUUCUGCAGCUGUUGCUGUUUUGUGUGCACAAUUUUAGUUUCAUUGCUAGGGAUCGUAGUGCACCGUGAAAAGGAACCGUGGUGACGUAGUCACGAAACCAACCGAGAUUGUGCCGCCGUGUGUCGUGAACGAAUUGGCGUCAGCAGUUCUGGCCCCCACAGCAGGAGACACUGCGCUUUUUUCGCCUUUUUUUUUCUCCCCUGCAUCGGAAUGCAGUGGCUGACAUUUGCAUUACGCAGUUCAUAAUUUUGCGGAAGGCAAUGUGUACUACAGCCGGGCAGUGCUAACGCAACGCGCACCCGUUUCGUGUUGGAGUGUUUGUUGUUAACUCGAGCUGCGAGCAACACACGCCCACCUUCCCGGAGUACCGACGCAAGGGUUGUACGGUACUUCCUCAAAGCGUACGACGGGGGAGGCCCCCGGCGGAUCGAUGGAGGACGAGCUGGAAGAUAAGAUACUGUAUCAAACGCUGUCCAAGUCGCACAUGAAGCUCCUCUCGAAAUUCGCAGUCGGCGUUACGCCGCUCAACAGUUCGCUCAGUUACGUCUGGAAAGUGAUGCGGGUGUACCUGCUAAAGCCGGAGGUCCUGAUCGCCGGACUUCUGAUUUGUCUGUUCGUCCUCUACCUGCAAGCGGCGGAAGUAUGGAGCCGCGGGUUUAUUCGGCGUAUCAGCAGCAGCCUCGGGUUCGGCAAACCCGGUGGAGCCCGGUCGGGCAAGCUGGCGAUGCUGGUAUCGGCCGCCGAGAAGCACAGCUGGGAAGAGCGGACCACCGGUAGUGCCGUGUAUGCGGUUCAAGGACGUCGUGCGCGGAUGGAAGAUAGAUACGUUAUAAGUGAAAACAUCAACAACUGCGGUAUCUCCCUGUUCGCCAUCUUUGACGGACACGGUGGCGAGUAUGCGGCCGAGUACGCCAAGACCGUGCUGGUGAAGAACAUCAACCAGAAGCUGCAACAAUCGUCGGCGAUUGCCGAUGGCAAGGAAUCACCGCCGACGGUGGCAAACGGAAAGCCAUCGUCCGAUUGUGGGCCCGAUGGGAAACCCGACUCGCCCGGUUCACCGAAGGCGGCCAACGACCGGGAGAAAGACGUCAACGAACGAUACAAGGUGAUGAAUGGGGCUGGGAGUCACGGAAAUGGUAACGAACCGCCCGGAUCAGCGGCCACCGUUCAGCGGAGGCAAAGUUUCCGCAAAUCGAAGACUGAAGAUGCGAUCGGUGGUGCAGGCGGCACUGGCGCCAUCGGUGGAAGCAAUAGCAACAAUCAACAGCUGGAGAACGAUCUGCUGAGCAAGUACAUGGGCAAUCAGUCACCGGCGAGGCAGCAGGUAAAGAAGAAUCUGCUAAAUGGAACAUCCGGCGCCGGGCCCACACCGGUAAAGCCGAAAACCUACGAAGCGCAGUGUUACGUGCAGGAUGGAAGCAUUAAUUUUGGGAAAAUCAUCACCGACGAAGUGUUGGCGGCGGACUUCGAUCUCGUUGAAGCGGCAAAGCGGAUGUCUGAUUUUGCCGGAACAACGGCUCUAAUCGCCGUCAUCCACCGCAGCAAGCUGAUAGUGGCCAACGUGGGGGACUCACGGGGAGUCAUGUGCGACUACAAGGGCAACGCCAUCCCGCUGUCAUUUGACCACAAGCCACAGCAGGUGCGGGAACAAAAACGGAUCGCCGACGCCGGCGGAUUCAUCGCGUUCAAGGGCGUGUGGCGUGUGGCGGGCAUAUUGGCAACAUCGCGCGCCCUCGGCGACUACCCGCUGAAGGAGAAAAACCUGGUCAUUGCCGACCCAGACAUUCUUUCGUUCGAUCUCGUCGAUCAUAGACCACAAUUUCUCAUCCUGGCAUCGGAUGGGCUUUGGGAUACGUUCACCAACGAGGAAGCCGUGGCGUACGUACGCGAACGGCUCGAUGAGCCACACUAUGGAGCGAAAAGCAUCGCCCUGCAAUCGUAUAGUCGUGGCUCGGUGGACAACAUCACGGUAUUGGUGGUCGUGCUGAAAAACGGUCGCUUCGAAGUGGGCUCAUCGAGCGACUGAAGUGUCCUGGACACGAAGGGGACCCGGUAUACGAUACGAUCGGGUCCUAGUGGGAAGUUAGAACAAGGUAGAUUUCAGCGGAUUUGGAUAGAAACACUGCACUAUCUACUUUUUUUACUGUCAGGCAAAUUUGUUGUUUAUUUAAAUUAUUUUCAUAUAAACUGUUGCUCCCGGCAGUUUUCUUACACCUUCCACUGAAUUGAUUGUUGAGAGUUUUUACAGAAUGACAUUGAUUUCUUUUUUAAACUGUCAGAGUUUAUGAGACCAAUAACGAAAAUCAAUCAUUUUCAUGUAGUCAAUAGAUUGGUAGUGUUAGAGACUCACUAAUUUAAAGCCUCACUCUCAUUGCUAACUGGCUUUAUUUUGUCCGUUCUGCCACUAUCUCAUUUUGCGUUACCCAAAGAAAAUUAAACAAAUAAUCGUUUGUUUUUUCAAAAAAGCAUUGUGUUAGAAAAUAUGUAGCAUACUACGGUGUGGCUAGUAAGAUUUUCUUUAUUUUUAAACAAUUAAAGGGACAAUUAGAGAGUAACAAAGACAGCAGCUACAAAAAGUGGUAGGGCGUAGAGAUUAGAUUGUAGUUAGAGAUUGAAGAAAACAUGUUGACCCACGUCAAAUGUUGGGGGGAAUCACUUGAAUGAGUGUCGUUUUCAUCAUUACUUUGUUUUUAAUUUUAUCUGCUGCUAAUUCAUAUUUUAUUCCACCGAGUACAUGCGAUGCCACCGCAACAUUGCACCUCCAAAAAGAGCUAAGUAAGUGCACAUUUCGAGUGGUAUUUGAAUUGGAUCUUUAGUCAAUGAACAUUAGCACACAUAAUUAUAGGCAUGGCACGAAAAUAACUAGAAUACUGGAACGAGCGAAGGAGUGUGCUCAUUGAAGAUCGUGCAAAACUGAUUGGCUUAUGACUGUCUCUAGGUCUACAUCUUAGGUAGGGUAAAUUGGAACAAAUUUCAUAUUUGAAAACGCACUUGGGAAAAAACACAGAUUAUGCGAGCUUCUACGGUAAGGAUUAUGCAGCACUUUCGUGAAUCCCUAAAGAGCAUUAGGGACAUUGUUGGUGCCAAAGAGUGUGCUGAACCUCUUUCUGUCCAUUAUCGUUCACUACAUACUGAUCCCAAUUGCGUGCGAGUAAUGUUCGACUUUGAUAAAAAUUUGACUUAAGAAUAUUAAUUAAAGGAGCAAACCGAACCAAUCAAUGACUUAGUAUUUGGAAAUCAAAAGUAGACCGAGCGAACUUAUUACGUUAGCGAUAAGAAUGAAAAGCAACAAUCAGAUUAAACCGGUGGUAAACAUAACUGCUUUACAACUCUCUUGGCGUUGCACCAGCUCAGCAACACUUCUCCACUAACCGGAAACGUUAUGGCGCAACACCUCACUCGAGAAUGGAACGAAAAACGGAUCUCAAGAGUGUUGGUCAUGUUUGCACUCCUGACGCCACUGUCUUUUCAUUCGCUUUUCCUUUUUGUAAUUGUACAUAUCUAAUGACGAAACCAAGCGUAAGAAUCUAUGAAUAAAACAUCUUGUAACCUCAGA